GGCUGCUCCUGAAUCUUCCUCUGAGACUCCAGAUUGCCAAACACAGAUCAGCAGUCUGAAAUACGUCCUGUCCAAGAAACCAAAGACUCCGCUUUCUGUGAGAGGCCACUGGUCUACAUGGCCUGCAUUUGUAACUGGGCAGACAGUCCAAAAGAACCACAAACUCUGCUGUGCCCCAGAGGAGAGACAGUCUAGCAAUAAACAGGCCCUUCUUGGCAUUCCAAAGCCACAAUAUUUGGAGCAACUGAAGUCCUACUUGAGGAAAGAGCUGCAGUCUCUUGAUCUGACUAAAAAGAACUCUCAAGAACUGAAGUUACAGCCCUACAGAGAGAUUUUUUAAUUCUUCGUAGACAACUUCAAGACCUAUAAACCCUUGCUGUCAGCUAUAAAGAAUGAAUAUGAAGUUACUUUGGCUCACCAGAAGAAGAUAAUUCGUGCCCUGGAGCCCCUGAAGGCUAUGGUCACAACUGUCUUCAAGGAGUGCACCCAGCAGAUAGUGGCACUGGAGGAGAAAGAGAAAGAUGAAAUAAACAUGUUAAAGCAAGAGAAACAACGGUUGUUAAAGUUCAUUGACAACAUGAAGGAAGAAAAGAAUUCUCUUCAGACUCAGGUGGAGCACCUGCGGACAAGCAUGGCUGAGGACUACACUCACUAUCUCAAUGAAUACAGUGCCCGCAAACUGCUUCUGGCAAAACUGAAUGAUAUGCAUAAUGAACGGCUGGACAUGACACAUCACCAGGUCCAAGACAUCAAGGGUGAAGAUGUGGUGAAGUUAACUUUGGCAUUAAAGUUAGCUCGGCAGGACCUCACGAAAGCUCAGCUGAAGCUGAACACUGUGAUAGCAGACUACGGAGAUGUUGUGCCCAGGAGAGAUUUUGAAUCACUGGAGAAAAAAUACUCUGAUUUACUUCAGGAGAUGGAGACUCUGCAGAAAGAUUUUGAUCAGCUCCAUAAGGAACAUGGAACCCUGCUGGAAGUCCACAGAGAGACUGCAGAAGAGCGAGACAACUUCUGCGCUGAACUCCAGUGAGUUCAGGGCAACUGCAUGUCCCGGCCAAACUGAGCAAAGUGUUCAGAGGUGAUUCCCGGUGGAGUUGACCGGUGUGGCUGUCUGGCUGAGGGGAAGACCAGCAAUCAGCUAGUGGAUGUGCUACUGGAAGAAAUAGGAACAGAAGCGCUAAAAGACAGAAAUGUUUUCCCCGGAUGAGGCAAAGGUGACAAGGUUCCUGUGUACCUGAGGCAUGAAGGUGAAGUCAAGAACAAAAAGCUGACUAAGAACGAUAUGGUGAACAUCCUAAAGGAUGUCUGGAAGGAGAAAAUUGCACUAGAACAACACUUUAGUCGUAGUUCUGCCAUGCUGGGGGACCCAGGGCAUGCAUCUGCGCCUGAGGGGGUGGGUGAAGAAUAGUACCACAGCCAGAAUCGGCUGACUUCGCACCUGCAAAAGGAGCUGGCUGCCUGUGACAGCUCCAACAGCAGAUCCCUGCCCAGCAGGCAGUUCAGCAUGGCUGUGAGGGAGGCUUUUCCCCUGAAAAGGAAAGAGUCCAUCCAAGAACUAGUCGAUGCAAGCAGGUACAAGCUGGACAGCACUGAAGACCUCAUCGUCUAUGUGUCCUUAUUCAACAAAGAUGAGGAGGGGAACACUGAACCUUUCAUUGCCAAGCUCAGGAGCCAGUAUGUCAGGGAGAAGCAGGAGUAUCUGAGACAGCUGAAGAACAUGCUGGGAGAUUUAACCUAA